AUGAAUGAAGUCCGGAAACUUUGCAACAUAUGCGACAGAGGCUUUGUCAAUAACGCAGGUCUAUCAAGUCAUCUGCGGGCACACAGGAGUAAGAUACGUACUUACUCAUGCGAAAAAUGCAAAAUGUCUUUUGAUAAAAUUACAUAUCUGAGAAAACACCAACAGUCUCACACGGAUGAUGGUAAAAGACCUUACCCAUGUGUAGUAUGUACAAAGUCUUUCAAACAAAGUAGAUAUUUGAAAUCUCACCUACAGACGCACUCGAGUGAGAAACGGUUCUCAUGUGAUUUAUGCAAAGAGUCAUUUAAGUAUCUAAAAACUAUGAAAAAUCACCGAUUGUCACACACGACAGAGGGCUCGUACUCGUGUGACUUUUGCAACCGGUCCUUCGCGUAUAGUCAAAGUCUGACCAAACACCGAAGAACUCACGUGGAUGACUAUACAAGUGGCAAGUUAAUGAAUCACCGACCACCGGACGCAGGUGAUACCCAAAGUGGAAGUCUGACAAGAUGUCCGAAAACACAAGUGGAUGACAACCAAAGUUGCAAACUGGUAAAUCAAAGACCAACGGACUCGGAUGAUACCCAAAGUUGCAGUCUGAUUAAUCCCCGGCCAGUGGAUGCAGGUGAUACCCAAAGUGGGCAUCUGACAAGACACCGGAAAUCAAACGUGCUGGACAAUAAAAGUUGCAAACUGGUAAAACAAAGGCCAACGGACUCGGAUGAUACCCAAAGUUGCAGUCUGAUUAAUCCCCGGCCAGUGGAUGCAGGUGAUACCCAAAGUGGGCAUCUGACAAGACACCGGAAAUCAAACGUGCUGGACAAUAAAAGUUGCAAACUGGUAAAACAAAGGCCAACGGACUCGGAUGAUACCCAAAGUAGCAGUCUGAUUAAUCCCCGGCCAGUGGAUGCAGGUGAUAAUCAAGGUGGACAUCUGACAAGACACCGGAAAUCAAACGUGCUGGACAAUAAAAGUAGCAAGUUGAUGAAUCACCGACCAACGGACUCGGAUGAUACCCAAAGUUGCAGUCUGAUUAAUCCCCGGCCAGUGGAUGCAGGUGAUAUCCAAAGUGGACAUCUGACAAGACACUGGAAAUCAAACGUGCUGGACAAUAAAAGUUGCAAACGAGUAAAUCAAUGGCCAACGGACUCGGAUGAUACCCAAAGUAGCAGUCUGAUUAAUCCCCGGCCAGUGGAUGCAGGUGAUACCCAAAGUGGGCAUCUGACAAGACACCGGAAAUCAAACGUGCUGGACAAUAAAAGUUGCAAACUGGUAAAACAAAGGCCAACGGACUCGGAUGAUACCCAAAGUAGCAGUCUGUUUAAUCCCCGGCCAGGUGAUACCCAAAGUGGACAUCUGACAAGACACCGGAAAUCAAACGUGCUGGACAAUAAAAGUAGCAAGUUGAUGAAUCACCGACCACCGGACGCAGGUGAAAUCCAAAGUGUUAGUCUGAUUAAUCCCCGGCCAGUGGACGCAGGUGAUAUCCAAAGUGGACAUCUGACAAAACACCGGAAAUCAAACGUGCUGGACCAUAAAAGUAGCAAGUGGAUGAAUCACCGACAACCGGACGCGGUUGAUACCAACAUUGACAAUCGGAUAAUAAGACACAGUAGAAUAGAAACAUUUCAGCAAGAAACCAUAGUUUUCAAAAAAAGGGUCAUACAAAGACAUGGGCACGUGAAUUCGGGAAGUAGUAUGUUUAUUAGUUUGGCACUAACAUCAACCAGUAGAACAUCGAGGAUGUGA